ACUUCUACCGUCCUAUAUUUCAUUGUCAUCACUUAAAGACAAGGAUAUUGUUUCGGUUUCGGAGUUCCCUGAUAUGGAAAAGCUGAUCUGUUUCAUAUGCAUUCUCAUUGGUGUAUGUACAGUUCAAGACAGAGUGGCAGGCAUCACCCAUUUCCCUACGAUACACUACAUGAACGAAGAAUGUAGCCUGACAAUCCGUUCCGUGUUUGACACGAGGAUUCAGCUGACCGCUGACCCUGCCCUUCCACUCAAGGUCAACUGGACGUGUAAAGUUAUCGUACGUACAGAUACGGAAGGGGAGCUGCUUCUCGUAAGAUUCCGUGACUUGGACACAGUCGACAGUGAGAACUGUGAGAGGAAUGGACUAGAUGUAUAUGCAUCUAAUCAGACAUUGCUGAACGGUCCCGAUGGUGACUGUGGGACAGAGACACCUCGCGGACAAUUUGAAUCAGGGGGAAGCACUCUGACGUUUGAAUUCCACACAGACUCAUCCGAUCAACGAGGCAACUUUGACAUCCUGGUCACUGCAAUAUCUCACAGUAACGAUACGUGUCCCCCCGAGAAGUUUCACUGUAAAAACAAGCGUUGUGUAUCAGUGUACGUGACCUGCAACGGCUUCGACGACUGCGGGGACGGCUCUGACGAGAUACAGGGAUGUGGGCACUCCCCCAUAAUUGUCAUCAUCACCGUCGCAUCAGUCUUGGUCGCUGCUGUUGUCGUGUCGCUGAUUAUCUUCAUCGCCCAGUACAGGAGGAGGAAAUACCGACGGUUAACUCAGAGUUCCAGCCAGCAUGGCCCCCAUCAUAACCAUGGCUCCCACAAAAGUGGGUACCAGAAUUACUGAUACCGCGAACCCUGGUCCUUUUAACCCUUUAUGUGCUAUAUGUUCAUCCAAUCAUGUCCACAUCCGUCUAACGAACAACAUACUGGCGGACCCUCAGUGGAAGCUGUUCAUCCGUUGCCAUCCGAAUCGUGGACAGUGGACAAUAGGACGGACACCCUUUAUGUUAAAAGGCCAAAACUGCUCAUAAGUUUUCGUCCCGAUUCGUGUCUGUGAACAAUUCAGCGGACUCGUGCGCAUCGUGUCGAGGACUGUUGAAGUCUUCAUCCAUUUCUAUUCAUGGUUACGAUUCUGUAACAUCAAACAUCCGACAAGCAAGUACUUUCUGUUGCUAAAUCUGCAUCCUGGCAUCUGAGGAAGAUCAGGAAGAUCAGGAAGAACCUUCAGUCAUCUCAAGGAGCAAGUAGUUCGCCCACAUCACCGCCCGCUUCAGUUUACACUUGCUCCGCAUCAAGCAGUGUAUACACUACAAGAUCCUCACCUUGACGUACAGACCCGUGAAGGUCCGGGUUAGAAUCUUGAUCUUCAGUAACCCAUGCUUGUCGUAAGAGGCGACUAACGAGAUCGGGUGGUCAGGCUCGCUGCCUUGUUUGACACAUGUCA